GUUUCCUGAAGCCCUACUAACAUGCUGAAGCUGUGGCAUGUACUUUUCUGCCAAAUGGCAAUAAGUAUCACUUACCACUUUGUCAAAGCCAACGUGUGCCUCAGAGGUCAGGACAUCUCAGCGAAAGUCAGAGAAAACAGUCCACCUGGGGCGUUUGUCGCAAACCUCAGCAUAGCGAAAGACCCAGGAGCCAAUAGCAUCCGCCUGUGCCUAACCGGUGACAACGCUGAUUGGUUCUACCUGGAGGAGAAAUCCAUCAGACUCAACACAUCCAUCUCAAGAGUGCUCGACCGGGAGGUCCAGGGGCCUGUUUUAAUUGCAGCAUUAACAUGCUACGAAGAUGACACCAUACAGCGCGAGUACAGAAUCACGGUGGAGAUCCUGAACGAGAACGACAACGCACCGGCGUUCGCGGAGCGGACCGCCCAGCCCUUUGACGUAAGUGAGAUGACCGCGGUGAACGCGGCCGUAUUCACCGUCCAUGCCAGGGACGCGGAUAACGACCCCGUCGUCUUCGCCAUCGACACGUCGUCGGCCGACGCCAGCUUCUUCAGAAUAGACCGGCCUAAGAGUGGGAAGGUGGUGUUGGCCAAACCUCUGGAUUACGAAACCAAAACCAGGCUGCAGUUUGUCAUUUACGCCGUGGAGGCAAACACCAAGGAGAGGCACAACUCCACAGCCGUCAUCAGGGUGAAUGUCCUGGACGGGGAUGACCAGUACCCCCAGUUCCAGCCCUGCACCCCCCUCUCUCAGGAGGAGACGCCCCCCAUCUGCACCAGCCCCGUCUACACGGUGAACAUCAGUGAGAAAGAGCAGGACUCCAUCUUACAUUUCUCCCCCGGUCCCAUUCACGCUGAGGAUGGGGACAGAGGGCUGAUGACCCCACUGGUAUACACCAUUCUGUCAGGUGCCGACAGCGGAAUGUUCCGGAUCGACAACGGGACCGGGGAGGUGGCGCUGACGCGACGUGUCCAGAGCAGGCUGCUGACCCCAGACCUGAGACUGAGGAUCAUGGCCUCCCAGAGGGACGACCCGAAAAAGUACGCGGUGGCCACGGCGCUGGUCCGAGUCCUGGCCGAGAACCGCUUCCCGCCCCGCUUCAACAGAACCGCCUACAGGGGCUACGUCACGGAGAACAGCGGCCCGGCCGCGCUGGUCAACAGCCACGGGGACCAGCUGCUGGUGGUGCGGGCUGAGGACCCAGACUUUGAAGAUGGAGUUAACCCAAAGCUCCAGUACUCUCUGAGUCCACAGCCCAACAGCACCGGGCUGUAUCACGUCACGCAGGAAGGGCUGGUCAUCGCCCGGGCAAACCGGCUACACGCUCCGGAGAAACACCUGCUACAGGUGCUAGCAACAGACCAGGAGUCAGGGGAAGUGGUGAAUGCCUCCAUUUACAUUGAAGUUCUCCAAAAAGACCAACCAGUUCCCCAGAGCCCGUUCGGGGAGGGGCGUCUGUUCGGGAUGGGGGACGUGGGCGUGGACGUGGGCGUGGCUGGGGGCCUG